AUGGCUCCCAGCAUUGAGGAAAAGGCUCACUCGCCUGAAGUCGACGAGACUCUGAUACAGCAUGGCUUCACAGCUGAAGAAGAGAAGCAAGUUUUAACAAAGAUUGAUAGGGUCAUUUUACCUAUGAUGUGCUUUGUCUUUUUCCUACAAUAUCUUGACAAGCAAUCUCUCUCAUAUGCCGGCGUAUUCGGCCUCAUUACCGAUCUGAAUAUGACCAGCGACCAGUAUUCAUGGUGCAGCUCCAUCUUCUACGUUGGUCAAUUGGUCUCGGAAUACCCCUUCAUCUAUCUCAUGUCUCGCCUUCACCUGAACAAAUUUGUGGGUACAACGGUAUUCAUCUGGGGGGUUAUCUGCAUGUGUCUCGCAGCACCCCAAAAUUUUGCCGGAUUCGCAACCGUCCGCUUCCUGCUUGGUUUCGCUGAAGGAGCCGUAUCCCCGUCCUUCAUCACCAUGACCUCGAUCUGGUAUCGUAAAUCAGAACAUAGUUCCCGAACUGCGCUUUGGGUCACUAUGAACGGCGUCGCACAAGUCAUUGGGUGUCUUUUAAUGUACGGCGUUGCGAAGGAUUCUUCUCUCUCGCUUCAGCCCUGGAGGACUAUGUUCCUCAUCUGCGGAGCUAUUACUUCGGUGACGGGGAUUGCGUUUUAUUUCCUGAUUCCCACAGGCCCCAAGGACGCAUGGUUCUUUACUGCUCGUGAAAAGGAAGUCAUGGCUCUUCGGAUGGCGGUCGAUAGGGAAGGAGGUGAUAAACAGAACUUCUCAAUUGUACAGCUCAAGGAGACACUGCUCGAUCCCAAGGCAUGGUUUGUAUUUUGGUUCGGCGUGCUUGUCACCAUGCAAAGUCCUGUAUUGACUUUUGCAAGUCUUGUCAUCAAGAGUUUGGGAGCGGAUAAGUUCCAGACGAUUCUGUAUACUGCUCCUUCGGGAGCGGUCCAGAUUGUUUUGCUUUGGAUUGGUGUCUUGGGGUGCUACAUGUUACCUAAGUACCGAACAGUUGUUGCUUUCAUAUUGUGCAUUCCGCCGUUGGUGGGUAACGUGUUGUUGAUGAAGCUGACAGUUUCUGCUGGAUGGGGAUUAAUUGUUGCUUCUUGGCUGUCAUCCUGCAUUACAGCAGUCUGGUCCAUCCUCCUGUCUCUCGCUGCCUCCAACUCAAAGGGCAACACAAAACGUGCUAUCGUCAAUGCCAUGUUCUUCAUCGGCUACUGUGCUGGCUGCAUUGCUUCGCCUCAACUAUGGACUCAUGGGCCACGCUACUUUUCAGGGGUUGUCACUUCAAUUGUCACAUGGUGUCUUCUGUGCAUUGUUGUACUGGCUUAUUGGUACGUAUGCUGGAAGGAUAAUAAAAGCAGAGAUGCAGAAAACCUCGAUCAUGCAAAUUCAGCGUAUUCAGGGGGUAGAUUGUCUUUGGAUGAGAAUGGGCUGCCGGUUGGUGAUAUGACGGAUAAGGAGGACCGACAUUUCAGGUAUAGCUAUUAG